AUGCUCCCCACAACGGACGCCGGCGGCGGGGUACCGCAAUCGGAUCGAGUGCCGUGGCUGCGGAUCUCGGAGACGAGCGCGCCUUGUCCCCCAGAAACAACAUGGGGGUUAUACGUAAAGAACUCCCAACAUCGAAACGGGUGGUGCCGGUACCGGGGAGAGCUGUCAUCACCAUCGGAUACUACCGCUUGCAAGUUGCUCGAGAAAUCAAGCAAGGUCCGAACUCUGGAUGGCAGGUGCUUGGAUGUCAAAUGCCAGAUUUGUCCAAUCACCAGUCCCCGCUCGAUAUGUAGUCGAUCCUCCCAAAGCUGGGGGAGGUCUUUUGUGGGGCAAGGUGGGGAUCAAAUUGGCGGGCCCCACGCCAAGGCCCCCGCCUUGAGUUGUGAAAAUCGCAAAACUAUCAACACCUCAAUAACCACCAACUUUUGCCUGCAAGGAGUCACUCAUCAGGCACGUGCUGAGUAA